UUUUCAGAUUCUCUUUAGGUGAAGGAUGAGAACACUGUAAUCAGAAUCUGCGCCUGUUACUAGGUGAUUUGAACUGCGUUCUGUUGGAUUAACCUCAAAACUUCUGAAACGCAAGGAUACCUGCCUGAUACAUCACUGAAAGGGGAGAUUUUUUUUGUUUUAAAACAGAAUUUGAUUAAAUUUCUUGGCUAAGAAGAAGCAAAGCUAGCUGCGUUUCACCAAGGAGUGGAUUUGUGAUUUGGCUUCACCAUGGCUGUCUGCAGCACCUGUAACAUCAGAGUGCUGGUGGUGAUUGUGUGUGGGCUGCUGACGGUCAUCAUUUCGGGAUUAACCAUCUGGAGGACAGUGGUAAAGAUCCGAGGAGGAAAAAAUGAUGCCACAUCAGACACCUCUGUAGAAUUCUGCAAGAAUGGUGGAACCUGGGCAAAUGGCAGGUGCACUUGUACAGAAGAGUGGAAAGGGCUGAGAUGUACAAUUGCUAAUUUCUGUGAAAAUAGUACCUAUAAGAAUUUUACUUUUAAUAGAAUUCCAGUGGGCAGAUAUGGACCUUCUUUGGAAACAUGUGACAAGAAUACUUUAAAUGCUGGAAAUCCAAUAGCAAUCAGGCUGUGCAAUCUCUCUCUCUACGGAGAGAUGCAACUAGAAAAUGCGACAAUAGGAAAUUGCAAUCAAAAUCUGGCAACCCUGGAACAGCAGAUAGACAAUAUUGCAAUAGACUCUAAGAAUAUUUCUACUGAAGCCCAGAUUUUAACAUCUGAUGCCAGUAAGUUAACUCCUGAGAAUAUCAUUUCUGCUACUAACGUAGUUGGACAGAUCUUCAAUGAAUCCAGAAAUGCUGAUGCAGAGGCGAAAAAAACUGCUGUAACAACAUUGAGCCAACUUCUGGAUGCCAGUGAAAAUGUUUUUCAAACAGCUGCUGCUACUAAUAACAGUGACACUUUUGCAAUGCUUAUUGAACAAAUAGAGAAUUAUUCCUUGACUUUGGGCAAUGAGCUAAUAGAGGAACCUAAUGUAGCAAUACGAUCUGUUAAUCUAACAUCCACAAGUGUUCGCUUCUCUGUUGAGAAAAGAGACAGUGAUGGUCUAGUUUCUUAUUCAACACAUGAAGAAGCAAACGUGGACGGACUUAAUCCACAUAAAGAAACUGAACUUCAGAUUUUAGUCAAUACCAACACAAAUAACAAUGCAUGUGGCUUUGUAGUGUAUCAAAACAACAAGCUUUUUCAAUCAAAAACUUUUAUAAGUAGGUCAGAUUUCAGUCAAAAAAUUAUAUCAGCCAAAGUGAAAGAUCAGAGUGCUUCUGUUAAAAUGGUCUUUAGUCCUAAGUACAACCAAAGAGAAUUUCAGUUCAAUUCCUAUGCCUGUGUCUACUGGAAUUUUGUAAAAAAAGACUGGGACACCUAUGGCUGUUUUAAAGACCAGACCAUUGAGAAUUUCCUGGGCUGCCACUGCAACCAUACUACGAAUUUUGCUGUAUUAAUGACUUUCAAAAAGAAUUGUAAAUAUGCUGAACCAUUAGAUGUGUUAUCCCUUAUUGGAUGUGCACUGUCUAUAGCUGGACUGGCUCUCACAAUCAUAUUUCAGAUUUUUACCAGGAAAGUCAGAAAAACCUCAGUAACCUGGGUGCUGGUCAGUCUGUGUGCAUCAAUGUUGAUUUUCAACCUUCUCUUUGUGUUUGGAAUUGAAAACUCCAAUAAGAAUUUGAAGGCAAAUGAUCGUAGUACAAAUACUGACUCUGAUAAUAAUCAAAUGCCCACAGAUGGCAUUGUUUGCAUCCUGAAUCCAGCCUGCACUGCAAUUGCUGCCUUACUGCACUAUUUUCUGUUAGCGACAUUUAUGUGGCAUGGACUCAGUGCCCUACAGAUCUAUUUCCUUCUAAUUAGGACCAUGAAGGCUUUUCCUCAACAUUUCAUCCUUUUUGUCACAGUAGUUGGAUGGGGAGUCCUACUUAUAAUAGUGGGUGUCACAAUGCUAACUGUCCAUUUUCAGAGUUAUUCAUGCUGGGAAUUACAGUAUCGGCAAGAAGAAAUCUGCUGGCUGGCAAUAUCAAAUGACAAUAAUUUUAUGACAAAUUCAUUUUUAUGGUCAUUCAUGAUUCCUAUAACCAUUAUCCUCAUCGGUAAUAUUGUUACAUUUGGCAUAAUCGUGGUCAAAGUGCUGUGGAAGAAUAACCCGAAUCUGACCAGCACAAAAAGGAUUUCAACCCUAAGGAAAAUUAUUGGCACACUUUCCAUGGCAGUUGUUUUGGGAAUUACCUGGAUUUUGGCAUACUUUAUGCUAAUUAGUAAUGAUAACAUAAGAAAUGUCUUCAGUAUCCUAUUCUGCAUUUUCAACACUACUCAGGGUCUGCAGAUUUUUAUUUUCUACACAGUUAGAACAAAAAUCUUCCAGAGUGAGGCGUCCAAAAUAUUGAAGUCACUCUUCUCAUCCAUUGGAAAAAUGAAGCUACAGCCUCCACUGUCACCAAGGAUACAUUUAAGAAUGUAUAAUUUGAUUAGAUCCUUGCCAUCCAUACGUGAACGCUUUAUGUUCCUGGAGCCAUCUGUUGAGACUGAGGAAAUGAUACUGACUGAAAGUGACAAAGAAAACUGAAGCAUCUAAACAGUAAAACUGUUACCUACUACGAUC